CCGGACUCUCAGAUAAUGCCCAUCUCUUUCACCGUCCGAUUAUCCAGCCCCACAAAAUCCCAACGUCCAAAUCUCCACAGAAAAUCCCUCCCGUCCCUCCCCUCUCUCCACCCCGAAAGCCAAUCCCGCAAUGGCCGCCUUCCUCACCUCUCCGGCCGCCCUCCGCCCCGCCGCCCCUCGCUCCGCUGCCCCUCCGUCUCCGCCUCCCUCCGCAGACUCCCCUUCCACCCCCGCCCCCGCACUCUCAAGCUCUCCUUUCCCCGCUCCUUCCCCUCCCUCCGCCACCCCCGCCGCGGUGCCUCCGGCGCCACUAUGGCUGACACCGCCGCCUCCAGCUACGCCUCCGCCCUCUCCGACGUCGCCAAAUCCAACGGCACCCUCGAGGCCACCAUGGCCGACGUCGAGAAGGUCGAACGCUUCUUCUCCGACCCCAACGUCCAGUCCUUCUUCGCCAACCCGACGAUCUCGCCGGAGAAGAAGCUGGAGGUGGUGAAAGAGAUCGCCUCCUCCUCCGAGCUCCAGAACCAUACGGCCAACUUCCUCAACAUCCUCGUCGACAUGAAGCGGAUCGACAUCAUCAAAGAUAUCGCCAAAGAGUUUGAGGUGUGCUACAAUCGGAUCACCGGCACGGAGGUGGUGGUGGUGUCGUCGGUGGUGCAGCUCGAGUCCCAGGACCUCGCCCAGAUCGCCCAGGCGGUGCAAAGGCUCACAGGGGCCAAGAAUGUGAGGAUUAAGACUGUCAUUGAUCCCUCUCUCGUCGCCGGAUUCACUAUCCGCUACGGGUCCUCAGGGUCGAAGCUCAUUGAUAUGAGCGUCAAGAAACAGCUCGACGAGAUUGCGGCGCAGCUCGACUUCUCCUCCAUUGCCCUCGCAUGAUUCUGAGGUCCAUCUUCUUGAUUCCCCUUCUUUUUCUUUCUUGAAUAUUCAAUCUUGGUAUGAAUUGUAAGGCUAUAUGCUGGAAUCAUGUAAUCUGGCGGAGGUUUUCUUUGAAUUCUUCUGAAAGAUUGCUUUUUGGGCAAUUAGCUAGUCUUGGAUUCUUUGAAUCCUUCAUCAAGAUUGUUUUCUUCUCAUCAUCAAUUGUGUAGAUUAUGUAGAGGAUGCAAAGUGUGCUGUGUAUUAUAGAAUUGUUGUAAUUUUGCAAAUCUGAUCGAAAGUGUUGAUUAAAACUUAUGUUAUUUAUAG